AUGCGCAUGUUUGCGCAGUACUGCUGGGUCGAUAUGGGUCGCGUCUACGAGCUUUCGACCACGGCACGGCGCCAAGCGCGGUGUGAUCGCAGUAUGACGCACAACGGCGCCGUGUAUUGGGAGCCGCUGCUGCGCAACUCGCUUCAGCAAGAUGUUGCCCAUAGCUCGUAUUCCAGCGCACUGCAAGCGUCCAUUUUCGACGUCGUUCAGAGUUCGCCAUCGGGUUCUGUCUGGCUCGCUUCUCUCUGGGCGAAGCCGUGGCCAAUCAUCGCCGACGAAGUGGCUUUCUGGCACGCCAAUGGCCUAACGUACUGGCAGACUCAAUUGACCAACUACUACGAACAAGGACUCCAGGAGACGAUUGAGAUUGAGAAUGCGCUCGGUUUGCGGACGAGCAUCACGAUUCACUCGACGUCACAGAGCUACCGCGGUUUGUCGGUGUGGUCGCUCGUCUAUACGUACGCUGGUGUGUGGAACGACUUGCUCGAGUGCCAAGUCAUCAGCUGCAGUCUCAUUCGCGGUGCCAACGCGUACUCGGACAUGGUCAAGCAAGAGUGGGACGUGCGCGCGUACCGCUUGCCAGUCAACGACACGCUGGUGCAGUUGGUGGGUACGGAAUUUGGGACCGCCUCGCCCAACCUUCUCUGGCCUUCAACGACUCCAUUAUGA